AUGCUCUGCGCGAAACCUCUCGCCCGCCCGCGGUGGCACCUACGGCUGAAGCCCGCCAUUUCCACGACUGCGGCAGCCAUAGCCGCAGCCACGCCGCCCGCCCUCCACAAUCACCACCGCCGCCACUGCAUGACGACGACGACGACGACGACGACGACUCCCCCUCCACCGCCGCCAACCCCGCGUCGACCCCUCUCCGCUCCGCUCCGCCCCACCCCCUCCCGCCGCCGCCUCCCGCCGCCUUUCCAGCGCCACCUCCACCUCGCGCCGCCCUUCCUCCUCGACGACUACAUCCCGCGCUACCUCCUCCUCGACGAGCGGCGCGCCGCCCAGAAGCGGUCAGCCGCCUACAAGCACCUGCAAAACUGCAACCUCUGCCCGCGCCAGUGCGGCGUCAACCGCUACGAGACGACGGGCGUGUGCCUGAUCGGGGCGACGACGGCCAAGGUCAACACCAUCGCGCCGCAUUUCGGCGAGGAGCCGUGCCUGCAGGGCCACAACGGGAGCGGGUCCGUCUUCUUCAGCGGGUGCAAUCUGCGCUGCGUCUUCUGCCAGAACCACGACAUCGCGCACCAGCGCAACGGCUUCGACGUCACCCCCGAGGAGCUGGCCGAGUGGUACGUCAAGCUGCAGACGGUGGGCGGCUGCCACAACGUCAACCUGGUGACGCCCGAGCAUGUGGUGCCGCAGGUGGUGCUGUCGAUUCUUGCGGCGAGGGAGAUGGGGUUGAGCAUUCCGAUCGUGUAUAAUACGAGUGCGUUUGACAGUCUGGAGAGUAUCGAGUUGUUGGACGGGCUGGUCGACAUCUAUUUGCCCGACUUCAAGGUUUGGAGGGGGGAAACGAGCAGGAGGCUGCUGAAGGCGGAUGGGUAUACGGAGGCGGCCAUGGAGAGCGUGAAGGCGAUGCACAAGCAGGUGGGCGACUUGUGCUUUACGGCGGACGGCAUUGCGAAGUCGGGGGUGCUUGUGCGGCAUUUGGUCAUGCCGGGGAAGGAGGAUGAGGGCGUGGAGAUCAUGAGGUGGUUGGCGGAGAACGUGUCGAAGGAUUUGUUUGUGCAUGUUAUGGAGCAAUAUUUCCCGCGCGCACAUGUCGGAAAGGCGAGGCGAGGGGGGAGGAAGAAGAAGGAUGAUGAGUCGGGCGAAGGAGUUGUGGAGCCGGGGGGUGUGGGGGCAAAUGAGGAAACGAACGAGACGGUGAGAUACAAGGAUAUCAACCGGGCGGUGAAGGAUGAGGAGGUAUCAAUCGUGAAGAAGGCUGCCAGGGAAGCAGGGCUCUGGCGCUUUGUGGAGGCCGCCGAGCACGGUGGUUUCAACAUAUAA